UUAGUUAUCCGCCAUUAUUGUUUUGAAGUGUUGUAAAUCCGGCGGUGCUCGAUAUUUUAUUUAUUUUCUAUUCUGAAGCUAGAAAACUGCUGUAAAAAUGAGUGAAAACGUGUUGAUCACCGACAUUUUUACAAAAUUCCAACAUAGCCUGGACUCCGACCAAGAAACUCGUGAGGUUAUAAGAACGAUUUGUAAGGAAAUAGACCAAAUAUCCCGCGAAGCGGUGACUUAUUUACAAAUCAUACACCACAAAGAGGAAGGCAUCGCUCAAGCAUGCCAAAAGACCCGAGGCCUCUUUGAAAAGGCUCGUGAAGGCUACAUGAAGCUAAAGGAGGCUGUACCCCCUACAGACUACUUCAAAUAUCAUGACCAUUGGCGCUGGGUGACACAACGCUACAGUUUUUUGAUUGCCCUUGUCAUCUGGCUAGAGGUUGGCGUGCUGGCUUCACAUGAGACUGUUGCUGACAUCCUUGGCAUCAGUGCAGUUGAAGAGAAAGAAGGUUUCCAUUUAGACAUUGAAGACUAUCUCAUUGGGCUGCUGCAGCUUUGCUCAGAACUGUCGCGCCUAGCGGUGAACGCGGUGACGCGCGGCGACUACAACCGGCCGCUGCAGAUAUCGCGCUUCGUGAUGGAGCUCAACGCCGGCUUCAGACUGCUAAAUCUCAAGAACGAUCACCUUCGCAAACGGUUCGACGCUCUCAAGUACGACGUCAAAAAAAUAGAGGAGGUUGUCUAUGACCUGAGCAUCCGCGGGAUGUUACCAAAGACACAAGAGGACAAGCCUGAAGAUGAAAAAUGCAACGAGGCUGCUUAAGCAAACUGUCAAUUAAUUAAUUAAGGGCACGCUACUGGCUACAGCUGUUAGAGCUAAGUAGUUAAGAUUAAACUUAAUUUUUUAUUGUUGAGUAUUACAAAUUUGCGCAUCCAAGUCAAAAGUGAUGUAACUCCAACAAUUUAAAAAUCCAAAAUUAGAAUCCUAGUAACACAAGAAAUGCGUGUUGUGACUAAAUAGAGCCAAGAUGGCCUUCAUUUAAUAUCUGUGUGGGACAAUGAACAUGAUUUCAUUAAUUCAUAUUUUGGGGUUAUGACUUUGUUGUUUAUGUGUGCACAAUGACGAAACUAAAAUAAGUUGUUUAGAAGAGUCAUAAUUUAUAUAAAUACUCUUAAAGUACACUUUCUAUUCACCCAUAAAAAUAAUUAAUUGACUUGCUUUGUACCCGACUGCGCCAGAAGGAGGGUUAUGUUUUUCGAGUGUAUGUAUGUAUAUUUCUUUGGCACGACCUACAGCCCAAACGGCUUCACCGAUUUUUAGCGUGAGAGGUGUCGUUAGAUUCGUCUUAAUCAUGAGAGUGACAUUGGCUUUAUUAAAAUUGAAAAAAAAAAUGGCAGAUUUUAGGCGCCAUAUUGUCUUAAAAAAUUUUUUUUUCUCACAACGUAUCGAGUGGGGUAUCAAAAUAAAGGGCUUUUUAAGUAGCUUACAAAAAUGUAUGCUAUUUAACUAAAAAAAUUUAAAUAAAAUUAUUAUUGAAUAAACAAAAAGCCCAAUUUAACCUGCGUUAAAAUAGUCAUUUUUAUACGCAGUUGGAUUUUUUGUUUAUUCAAUAAUAAUUACACAUUCCAUUGCAUAAUGUUUCCCAAAAUAUUUAUUCUAAAGCAGUUCUGACUGUUGUGGUCAGUAGUAUAGACCAGUGUGCGUGAUUCAUAGUAUUACAUAGCGCUCUAAGGGCUUGUAUGUGAUCCAUAGGAUUCUAUACCUUUACAAGGCAAUAGCCAUCAAAUAAUAAAUCCUAUUGACUUGGAAUAUGGUUUAAAAUCAAUAUAACUACAAGUUGUAGUACGUAAUAUCUUUUCAAACUUUAAUAAGCUGCUAUCUAAAAAUAUACAGGGUGGAAUUUUGUAAUGCCACCUGGAGGGAAAGUACUCUUAAUAUUGUAGAUAGAUUUUUUUUCUCAAAGAAAACAUUCCUUUAUUUUCGAAAAGAAAUAGAACUGCAUUCAAAGAUUUCCAAAAAUUUGCUAGCCACACCCGGAAAUCGAACCUACUAAAAUCUGUUAAAAAUUACACCCUAUAUUUUUAUUGCAUCAAUCGUUAGGGUCAAGUAUAAGGAUGAAAUCUGUCUAACAAACUUGAUAAAUCAAAUGAAAGGAAAUCCAUAAAAUCUUAAAUUAUUUUAAUUAUGUACAGAAAAUUGUAUGGUAUGGUAGUGAAUGCAGUUCUCUUUCUUUUCAAAAAUAAAGCAAUGUUUUCUUUGAGUAAAAUUUUCUAUCUGCAGUAUUAAUAGUACUUUCCCUCCAGGUGGCAUUACAAAAUUCCACCCUGUAUAUAUUUUUAGCUAUAAAUACUUAGGUCUGAAAUUGGCUAUUAAUAUUUAUUUAUGCUUUAUUCAUAUGUAAUUAUUAUUACAUAGGUACCUGUUUUGAGACAAAUAUAAACAUUAUUCUUUGCCUUGUGACUGACUUAAAAAUGUUUAGCAAUUAAAUUAUAAAAUUGACAAAUGGUUUAUAGUAAGAAAAUAGUCCCGAAACUCGUCCAACACAAACAGAACUAUAUUAUGUUGUUUAGAAUGCUGUGUUGUUUGCUAUUAAGUAUAUUCAGUGUUAACAUUUGGUUAAAAUGAAUAGUAUUCUGUUUGUGAUUUUUUUAUUUAAAAUAUUUUAAGUCCACUUUUAGUACAUACUUAAUCCUAGACUACGCUAGCUCUAAAUCAAAACUAAAAUUAUUAAAAGAGAAGUUCUGAUUCUGUAAGUUUUUUUAAAUAUCUGUGAAUUAAAAAAAUUCCAAUUGCACUAUUGUCUUGAAGCAGUAUUUUUUACCCGACUGUGCCAGGAGGGUUAUGUUUUUAAUGAAGUAUUUUUCUUUGGCAGGAAAAAAAGUUUUGACAUUAUAACCAUCUAUAAAACGUUUUAAUUCAGGGCUAAAGCCUGGUCCGUGAGCACGUAGAAUUUUGUCCAAUGACCCCAAGCUACCCAUCCUUAUCGCUCGCGCGUAAUUAUAUUGCUGUCGCGACUGUGCGACGGGCGCCCGCACUGAGUGUGCGUCCUAGAUUUUGCGUUCGUGGACCUCAGAAGAGACUGAAAUCAUAAUGUGCUAGUUAAAGAUUUAUUUAAAUUCGAUUUUAUUUAAAAAAUAUCUGUAAGUUUUGCACUUUAAUACAAUUAUAAUAAGUACAUUGUUUGAAAAUGUAGUUAUUUUCUUUUUUUUUAUCCUUAUUUAUUUAAUAAAGCCUGGAUUCAAAAAUUUAAAUACUUCUCUUCUAUCACUAGGUUUUUUUUAAUACUACAAGUUUACUUAUGUAAUGUGAAAGUGUUGUUGAAAUAAAUAUAAGUUGUCACGUGUUGAUUCAAGAAAAU